AUGGGAAACACCGCUUCAGGCGAGGAGGGAAGGCACCGUCUCGGAUACCAUGUCCUCCGGGUAAACUUGACCGUCUUCUACACACUCUUCACACACUCCAACGUCAAGGAUGACUCACCUGCAUACAGGGCUGGGAUUCGACCAUUCUUUGACUAUAUCACUGCAGUCAACGGCGUGCGAUUGAACUCUGAGACGACAUAUCUUCAGGAGCAGAUGCUUGCACACGAAGACAAGCCUUUGAUGCUCGACAUAUAUUCCACACGAGAACAGGCUGGCAGAAGGGUGGAAAUGAUCCCCACACGGAAAUGGGGAGAUGGGAACGGCGGACUUAUUGGAUGCAGUAUUCGCUUCUGCAUGUUUGACGCCGUCAACGAUGUUGUUUGGCACAUCCUGGAUGUGGCUCAGGGAUCACCGGCAGAGAAGGCAGGCUUGUGUGCACAUUCGGACUAUGUCAUUGGAACACCAUACGGAAUCAUGCGCGGAGAAGGCGACCUAUAUGACCUUGUGGAGGACAACAUUGGUGAACCCCUGCGACUUCACGUGUACAAUUCAGAGACAGACCAUGUCAGGGAGGCAAGUCUCAUGGUCAUUGUCAUCAUACCAAAUGAAGAAUGGGGCGGCGAAGGGCUGUUGGGAUGCGAUGUCGGCUACGGAUACUUGCAUCGACUUCCAAGACAAGGAUCAGUUCAACACCGUGGAUCGAACGGCGCACCCAGGAAGACGCCGUCAUUACCGUACCCACCAUCACACGAAAUGGUAGUUGACCCUUCAGCUAUCCGACAUACUCUGCCAGCAUCAUUUCUGCCUGGUGAACAGCCAGACAUUGUCGCUCCUACACCACGGCCACCUCAAUCGCCCUCGUGGUUGAACCCAAGCGCUAUUUUGGAGGGCGCACUACAAAAUACUUCCAAGAAAGUCGAAUCGGAGGAAAUACAGGAGCAGGAUCUCCCACCGUUCCGAUUUGGACGAGGAGAGCGACCGGAUGCAGAGGACGAGCCCGAGUCUGAAGAUGAAUUUGUACCACGAGGUGGUCGAGGCCAGGCUGCGCACAAGGAAUCUUCCACUCUUCCACCGAACUUCAUGAACAAGUUCCAACAGGGCAUUUCCCUCCACCACGAACACGACAUCCAUACUCCUCAUCCAUCGCUGACAGGGAUCGAAGAGUAUCAAACAACAGCUACAACAGCGACGACACAGCACCUAAUGGCACCAACAAAAGCACCGCCCAGAGCGGUCGAUGUCAAUUCGGACGAGAUCCCUUUUGGUGCAGGAAGCACACAGGACUUGAGCAGCACGCUCGGAAUGAACGCUGUACCCUUCAAAUAA